AGUCACUAGGCUUACGGAACUUUUUUAUUUGUUUUGCUCGCGUAUUGGUAGUAGUGCCCAAUCUCAAAAGUGUGAAGUAUUACGUUUGAAUUGUGCUACUUUGCCCGAGGGAAUACCGAAUGCAUUGUCGAGACGGCCGCGAGCUUUGCCCUGCGGCGUCUACUGUCCGACUGCAUGUUUGAUAAUUGCUGCUGCUUGUGCCCGGCCGGACAAAACGGUUCGGAGUCGUGAGCCUUCAACGUCUGCUGCUGGUGCACUGCCGCCGAUGACCCAUUUAAGCGUCUUCAAGCUGAUAUUUAUGUUGACAGUUUGUUGCAUCUAGCUGGCGCCUCUAGGGCCGCUUCAAACCUGGCCUGACACUUUGCAUCCGUUGCCGACGGCUGCCUCCCCUGUGGCAUCGAGGGGGCUCUGAGCAGGCGGUGGCUCGAUGAUGCGCAAUGCUGGGCGCACAGUGGGCGGCACCCUGCGGUCAGCGGGCAACAGUGCCCUGCCCCAGGGGCUGAGUGCCCUGCAGCAGAGAAGCCGUGCUGGUCAGGAAAGCAUCUUUGCACCGGUCAAGAAGGACUCUUCUCGUACUGCCGGCACACCGGGUGCAGCACGCACCCGCACGAACAAGCCCAUGUCUACCACCCGUUCGGACCCUGUGAACAAGGAGAACAUGCUUUCCCGAGGCACCUCUGGCACCCGAAAGUGUGGCAGCAUCAAGUCAUCCUCAAGCAAGGACAGCCUGGACUCCAAUGGCCAGACAAAAGAGAACAAGAAGCUUCACUCUGGGCCGGCACAGCCCACGGUGGGCACCCAGACAUCGGAGAGUGCGGGCAAGGCAUCCCCCACGACGAUCCUGCAGCUGGAGCGGGAAAAGAGCUUGCUGGAGCAGCAGGUCUCCGAGUUGGUGCGCAAUGCAGAGAGCAAGAAAGCUGAGAUUGCGACCCUGCGCAUGGAGAUCAAACAUCUCAAGCAGGAGAGCUCUGGGGGCAGCCGCCAGUUGGAGGCCCUCCAGCUGGAGAACUGCAGCCUGCGCGAACGGCUGGUCCAGCUGGGUGUAGAACCUGCUGAGGCCUCUGGCAAGCAGGACCCGUUGCAGAGGUCAGCCUCGGCGGGCAGCCUUGAUGGUGCUCGAGAACAGGCCAAAUCAGUGGAUGGUGCCCUGUCGGACGACGCCUGCCCCAGUGGCAGCCGGCUGGACUGGGACAAGGCCAGCACCAGCAGCAUGAGCGAAAUGUCGGUCGCCUGCCUCCAGGACCGCAUCAUGCAGAUGGAGGAGACCCACUACAGCACCAAUGAGGAGCUCCAGGCAACACUGCAGGAGCUGACUGACCUGCAGGACCAGUUGACCGACCUUCAACUGGAGAAUGAGCGCUGCUGCGAUGAGAAGGCCCUUCUGCUCGAGUCACUCUGCUCCCAGACGGAGAAGCUGGAAGAGUGCCGGUCGCACAAUGACCACCUGCGUGCACUGCUCUUUGGCCAUGGGUCUCCACCACCGCCGCAGGCCUCGUCGUCUUCAUCCUCGUCGGCAGUGGCGCCACUAAUUUCCAGGGAGCAGCACUAUGUGGAGCUGCUCAAGAAAGCGCAUGAAGAGCAGACAGUGCUGCGUGGACAAGUGGAACAGCUGCAGGCAUCGCUGGAGGUGGCCUCACGUGAAGCUCAGGACCACCAGCGAGAUCUACAGGGCCUAGCUCACCGCGUCUCCCUGCUGCAGGCGGCACUCGAGGCAGCCCAGUCCGCCUCUUCCUCCUCGGGCCCACAGGGAGAGGGUGAUAAUGGCACACCCAUUCUGGAUGGGGCAGCAGAGGCCACGCCCUCCCCUAUCGGUUGUGUGGUGGAUGGCAGCCAGCUGAGUCAUCGUGCCAGGCAGCAGCAGGAAGAGGAAGAGGAGCGGAAGCGGGAGGAAGCUUUGCAGGAGCAGCUGGCUGUGGCUCAGCGGGAGGCCGCCCGUCUCUCGCAGCUGCUGGCAGAGGUGCAGGAGGAGACACAGGCCACCCAUGCUCAGGUUUCUGCGCUGGAGCAACGUGUGGAGCAGCUGGAAGCAGAAAAAGCACAACUGAGUGAGGAGGCAGAAGCCCGUUGUCAGCGACUGCUCGAGGAGAAGCGGCAACUACGCGCCUCCCUCGCUGAGAUGAGCAACAGCCUCGCUGACAACUCGGCCCUGCUGGGAGCUGCACGUCGGGACCUCGAUGAUCUGCACUCGCAGCACCUGCUUGAGAAAGAGGACUGGAAGCGCUUUGAGGCUGACCUGCUGACCACUGUACGAGUGGCCAAUGACUUCAAGACUGAGGCCCAGCAGGAGGUGGAGCGGCUCCAGUGCGACAACCAGCAGCUGCAGGAGAAGCUCGAGGCUUUGGAGGCCCAGUUGGCCAAACUCAAGAGCAAGCAGGAGCUGUCGCCCAAGGCCCACUCUUUAUCAGGUGAUGGUCUCAUCGAUGGUGGAGGAGGCCAGGAGGGGGCACCACUGAGCACACCACCUCGUAGUAGCAGUGCCGGAAGCAGCCGGCCACUGUCCAAAUGGAGUGACCUGCGCUGCGGCAGUAGCAGCAGCAACAGUGCCCAACACUCAGUUCGCAGCUUGAUUGAGUCUAUUGAGAAUGCCACAAAGCAGGCAAAAGGUCCAAGUAGCAGGAGUUCCUCCACCAGCAGUCUCAACAGUCUGGCCUCUGAUUCGAGGUCAGCAGUUGCAGCAGCAAAUGCACUGCUUCUGGGAAAUGCUGGCGACAUCUUGGCUAAGAGCCCAUUCAAGGUUCCUGAGAAAGUACGCCUCGCACCACGGCCUUCACCGCAACAGGCUAGCCAGCGCUCUGACACUGCUGGGGACAGCAAUGCUGAAGUGCCAACACGCACAGAGCCUGACAAAGCACAUCCAGUCUCCAUCCUAGCCCACAAGCUGGAGCCUAUUCGUCGGAACAGCUGCAGUGACUUGUCAUUUGAGAAGAAGGAUCCGCUUGCAUCACUGGUCAAGGGUGGGGGAUCAAAGCGCAAUGCCUUGCUGAAGUGGUGCCAAAACAAGACCAUGGGCUACAAGGGCAUAGACAUCACCAACUUCAGUAGCAGCUGGAAUGAUGGACUGGCCUUCUGUGCUCUCCUGCACACCUAUCUGGGGGACAAGGUCCCCUACGACCAGCUUGAUAGCAAGGACAAGAGGAGAAACUUCAGCAUUGCAUUUGAAGCAGCAGAAUCAGCAGGGAUUCCAAGCACUUUGAAUGUCAAUGAACUUAUCUGCCUGGAGCGCCCGGACUGGCAGUCAAUCAUGGCUUAUGUUACAUCCAUCUACAAACACUUUGAGACCUGAGAGACUGGAAAGGAUCACAGCCGUUGUAGUACUUCUGCCAAAGGAUUGCACACGCAUAGUGGACACUUGGUCCAAUUUUAGUGGCGUUUAACUGCCUUGUUGCUUUCUGCUUCUCCAGCACAAGUUUACAUUUGUAUGUCAGUGUUUUGGCAAAGGGAUGUGCGAACUGCUGCCACAUUCCGUGUUCAGAGUUUGGUGUCACAGCAUUUCUUGAGAUGUUUUGUAUCGUGAUGUCGAUUCUGCUGAAUAGGCCCAGUAAGGGCUCUCUGAGAACAGUGUUGGGAAUGCAUGUGGCAAUCUUUAAUAUUGUACUCAGAAUUAGUUCAAACUGUCCAUUUUGAUGAAAAUGCCAAAGAAAGCAUUUUGGCUGUUUAUUUUAUUCUCAGGAGUAGCGCCAGUGCUGUAGGAACACACAUGCCCAAUUUUAGUUUGUAAGCAUUCUAUAAUGUGAUCUAUUUUCACUUAAUGCCCUAUUGCAGUUACAACGUGAAAGUGCAGAGGGACUCUACCUAUUUUGAUGUUUCAUUGACAGGGAGCUUUCAUUGUUGUUCUUUUCAAAGUAUUUUGUUCCAUUUCAUUUUUCUUGGCCAUGAGGGAGUGGCAACAUGAUGCAUAGCUGGUGUGGCUUACAUCCAGCGUUCACUGCCCGCGUGGGUAGGACACGAGAGCAGCUGUAGUUUCAUGCAAUUCAUACCAUAUAGUUUUUAACUUUCAUUUUGUGUAUGUUAGCCUCACUGGCAUGAAGUUUACAACUCGUGUGUGUGGGCAUGUCUGUCAGAAAUACUCCUUUCCUGCCCUCAUACUUUAUUUUUUUUUGUGUUAUGCAUUGCUUGCGCAUAUAUGCAGCCUGCAUCAUUGUCACAUGCUUCAUCUAUUUAUGAGACCAUCCUUAUUAUUAUUGAUAAUUCUUUUGCACGAAAAAAAUGAUAAAUGUUGGUGUCACAUGCACUACUGUGCCUUGAAUGUCACUUCUGCAAUGCUGGUGUGCUGCUGAUGUCAUUGACAUUACUUGCGAUCUGUCAAACAUACGAGUGUCAGUAAGACUGAUUUGUUUGGUUAUUGUAAAAUCGGUGAAUUUGUUCAAUGCAAGUCUGUAAAAAACAGUUCUAUUUUUCAUGCAACUGCUCAAGCCCUAUUUCCCUUUUUCUUUUCUUCCUCUUUUUUUUUUCUGAUGUUACAACUGUAUCUUUAUUUUUAGGGAAAAUGGUUAUCAAUAGUUUUCUAGUCUUGCAGUGUUUACAUUGUUUACACUUGGUCGUUGCUUUCCUUGUUUAUUCGUUAUUCAAAGACCUGUGAAUUUUGGUGAGGCACUUGGUGAAUAUGUCAAGAAGGAGAAGAAUAAAAACUGCUCAAGGGCCACCAUGAGAAGCGCCACCAUGGUGGUGCACUACUGAUUUCAGUGCAUGAUAGUGUUUUUAUUGCUUUAUAAGCAGCACAAUGUGGGCAGUAGUCCAUAGAAGACAAGCUUAAGAUGAAUGUUUUUGCUUAAAUAAGCAACACAGGCAUAAACAAACAAAAAUGCCUAUACAGUCGAAUCCGGAUAUAUCGAACCCACAUAUAACGAAUUAUUGCAUAUAAUGAACAGCAGUAAAAUCCCCUUGAAAAUCUUUGUGUAACAUUUUUAUUUUAUAUAUCGAAUUACCUGUAUAUCAAACUUUUUUGUGAUCCCCUUCAGAUUCGAUAUAUCCGCGUUCGACUGUAUACAUGCAGCAGGGCAAGAGGAACAUUUUGUUGGCAAAAAGGAGGCAGCAUCCACAAACUGUUGAUUUCUUAGCUGUGGUAAACUGUAGAUUCCCAACACAGCUAUUGCUAUGGUUAAGGAGCUUGUGAAGCAGUUUGAUAUUAUAGCUCCUUAGUUUGAACAAUUUUUGCUGUUUCAGAAUUCAUUCAAACAUACAGAAGCAUGGAAAUUAUUGGUAAAGAGUUACGAGAAACGAUGCCCUUGUUUACAAUGGUGUAGAGGCUAAAAAAUCUGCUGUUGGCUGCGCCGCUGUUUUUGAGCGCAGCAUGCUAAAUCUACGGUUUAUCAUAAAGUGCGUGCCAUACUGCAGUUGGCAAAGACCAGUUCAGUGGCUUCAUUGAUGACACACCAAAAUUAAUGUGGGCUUCUGUAUAGUUUCCUAUCAGUGGCACAAGAUUUUCAGCUGACCACUGUGUGAACGCAAACUCAUGGCUUCUUUAGCCCGUUGCCACAAUAACAGGACAGAUAAACUGAACAUGACAUUCUAGUCUGAAAAAAGCAUGAAAUUUAGCAGCUGUGUGUUUAUGCACAUGAGUCCAUUAUGAAAAAUGAAUAAUAUCUGGGAAAUUAUAAACUCUCCAGUGGACCAGAUCAGAUUUUGGUGAUUAUGCAGCUCUUGGGGAAGAGUUCAUAUGCAAGGAACAAUGUGGACAUUAUAGUUUUAAUUUUAUUGGCUCAAAAAAGUAAGCCCUGUGAUCACAGGUACAGUUAACCAAUACAGAAAUGCAGAUGGUAGUGUAAUGGUAAUGAAUUACCAUUUUCUGCUAGUUUUGCGGAAGAAAGUUUAGUGAAAGUUUCGCCAAGAAAGUCGUAAUCAUCUCCCAGUAAUUUGUUUACAGUGGAUUGAAAUUUUCCCAUUGGAGCUGGUGCAUAGCUAGGCUUUGUAAUAGCACAUAUUCCCUUUGAUACACUAUUCCCAGUGUGUAAUGUAAAUGAGGUGUUGUGUUCAGAAGACUGUGGCUGCUGUUAGCAUUCAUUAAUAAAACAAAGCGAGGCCACACGUGUAUUUGCCAUAAAGAAAUCUUGCCAUUUCCAUGCUUCCCUUUUUAGAAAAAGAUGUAACAAUCAUCUGUUCCUUUGCUGCAUUGAAAUUGCAUUGCAUUACAUUCUCCGAGGUGAAAUAGCAAAAUAAUGCUCUAAAUGCCACCAAACCAAUGUUUCUUUUGGGUUUCUCAGAAGUGGCAAACAUUUUACUGACAGACAUUUCACCAUGCAUUUACAUUAACACUGAAAAGCUAGUAGCUCAGUUAUAUUAUCAACCCGGUUCACUUUGACUGGAGAAGGUUAUAGUUAAACAAGUAUCAGAGGAGUUCUCUGCUGUGCUGUCUUGACCUGCAGUGGUGACAUUCAAGUGUACUUGUGCUUGUGUUGACACUCUUUGGAGCCCCAUUGUCACAGGGCUGUUAUGUUGUGGUCUAGUCAUGUGUGAAAAUUUUUGUGUAUACAUCUCUCUUCAUAUGCAUAGUCAGCAAAACAAUCAUUUUCUUUAUUUGUAUGCUUCCAACUCAUCAGGGUUUUCUUUCUGAAGACAGAUGCACAUUCUUUAUAGCUGCCCCCUCCCCCCUACACACACACACACACACGCAAAGAAAAAGCUAGCAUUUCAAAGUGUGUUGUUGAGCUGCUUUGGUGGUGAUACCAGCUCUUCCAGAGCCAAAAAUUUUACUCUCAGCCCUUCAGGAAGAGUUGGUACUAGCAAGGUGCCUGGUAGUAGUAGCCAUGUUGCUGCUACUGCUUCCAAUGUGCUUUCUGUAUUAUUAUUAUAUCUUUUGUGCCAGAGCCCGAGUUCAUUUUUAUUACUGUGUUUCGCUGCAGAAGAGCAUGUUGUGGGACCAUGGGUGUGUUGUUCAAACAAGGGUGCGUAUCAAAUGGCAAAUGCCUCGACUGUAGCAGUAGUUUGAGCACUCUGGCUGCCUUAGCGAGCAGUUACAGCCAGCAUUUAAAUCUUGGAGUACAUUAAGAGCCAUUCUGCACAUAUUUAGCAUGUCUACACAGCCCACACACACAGUAACGUUUUAUUUUUCCUGUAUCUGUAUGACGAAGAAAGCUGCAUGUCCAUGAAGUUGUGGUUACUCCAGCGUUACUGCUGCCAUCAUAAAAUUUGCAGUUUUUUUUUCUAAGUAACUUUUUCUAGGUAACUUUUUGUGGAGAUGUUGAAAACAGUUCAGCCAGUGCUCGUAGUGGCAUUAAUGUAAUCCUAAGGAAUUUUUGAAAGUGCAUGAGUGGAAGCUGUGCUUAGCUUGUUGCCGUUCAUCUCGUAGCUUUCUUUCUUGUACACUGAGGGAAAUUGAAGCAUCUUAUGGAAGAAAGAACAGAGAUGUAGAAAUAUAUAGUACUUAGUGUGAAGUUUGAUGGGCUCUUAAUUAAGCCUCUUAGUUGACACAAGAGCAAUUUUCCUGCCUUAUGUGCGUUUUGUCUAAUUUCCACAACUAUCCUUUGUGAGAAGUAUUUUACCUCGUACCCCGAGAGUGCACAGUCCAUGUCACAGGUAGCUGUGCCAUUGUUUUCAUUUCUUUCGUUAAUUUUCUUUUUUUACUGCAGUUCACGUGUUUCAACUCAUGUUUAUGCUGCCUAGGUGGCUGUCUGGUGGGGUGUUUUCUUUAAUUUUUUUUUUCUUAUCAUGUAUAAGGUUUGGUGCAACUUAUGAUCUAGUCACGUAAGGGACUAUGAAACUAAAUUUCUUUUGUAAUCAUUGAAGCUCCUUCAUAACAGGUGUGACCUCAUUGACAAAUAAUUGACCAUUUCUUGUUGCAAUUAUUGUUCUAUUUUUGAGUAUAGUUAAAUCAGUUGCAAAGCAACCUUCUAGCAUUUGUCUUAAUGAUUCUUUCCUGCUUUAUGAACUAAAUGUGCAGGGUCUUCAAUGUCGACAUGAAAAAUUAGGUAUAGCCUCAAACUACUGCACAGAAUUAUAUAACGCUCAGCAGCCUCACACCUAAUAUGCCUUAUGCCUCAUGGCUUAUCACGCCUGAUAAGCAUUGAACAUGAUCGGGAUGGACUUGUAUGUCCCCGUGUCCUUUUGGAGACACUGGAAAAUGUUUAUCUUGUAAGGCACCUUACUGCAUGCGCAGUCGCAACAAAUGCCUGUGAGGAUUGCUGAGCCUGUAAUCAGGGUAAGCUGUGGUGUACAAGUGGGUUUUGCCUGCAUAAACACAGGAUAUAGUUGUACAAAUGAUACCAGGUGAGCUGUAUGGUAUUCUUCGUGGACCACAGGUAUUUCACAGUUCGAAGUGUUUGCUUGUUGUGUUCAUUAGAACCAAAUGAACAUCCAGGCCUGCUGCUAUUUCAGUCCACUGGUUCAACAGACUACUUGGACUUGGGAAUGUUAGAUAGCCUGUGAUAAACUGUGGACCCGUGAGCAAAAGUAUAUGGACCAUAGGCUCAUUGAAAAAAUUUAAUGUAUUUGCACUUCAGACGCAGAAACUGAAAUUUAUGAGUGCACUGAGAAGUUUGCAAUGCCCAGUUCUGACCAAUCCUCAAUUUCAAGUUGCAUUCACAGACGGGGAAGAAAAUCGGCUUAUUGCGGAAUCACUGGUCUGAUAGUGUUGCUCAGGGGAGUACUAUUCCAGUGUUCGUGAGCCAUUUGAAUACAAUUUACUUAAUGCAGACCACAUACUUGUCCAUACCAUACAGUGCUAGUUCUGUUGCUCAGUGCUCAAGUUAACAGUAUUCUUUUUCAUUUUGUCUGAAGCAAACUUUAGAAUAUUCACAAUUCUGAAGUUUUGCCGGUGACGCUGAUAUGACAUGGCUUCAACUGUACAGUUGUUUGUAAAAAAUUGCACACCUAUUUUUGCCAUUAGUAUUAGCAAAUGCAGUUCUGUAUUUCUUAUCUGUGCUUCCUACACUUUAAUUGUUCUGCAAGCUGUUGGCCUGAUUUGUGGUGGCUACUUUACUUUUGUCAAACUUUAGCAUAGCAGCUAAAACUGGAUAGGACAUGAUCCCAGUGCAUCAUCCACAGUUAUACUAGAUGACUUGAAUAAAACAUGCACUCAGAUUUCACUUAUGUAAAAAUAAUUGCGUGUGUUUGGAUGUAGUUCAACAGCUUUUCGGGUACAUCAGCAUACUAAAACGAGCUUCUCGGUUUGGUUCAUUUGCUAAAAUCAGCCUUUGUAGAAAGAGUUCACUGUAGCUAAUCUUUGAAAAAAAGAAAAACCAACUGCUUAAAACAGUUUAACUACAACUUUCAUAACGAGAUAAUUUAAUGUAACCAAUACUAUGACUAAGAUAUGUCUGGAUGACCAGUGGCUCUUCAAGACACACAUACCAAGAAUUUAAAAGUAUGAAAGCUUUAUAGAGGAUCAAUGUAACUUUCUUUUUUUUUUUACAUGGCAGCAUUAUUUAUAGUAGAUGAUACCUUGUGUGAAAUGAUGUGCGCUUGCCAGGCUGUUAAUAUAUUCAGCAGCAGGGUAGCCAUGAUGUUGAGCAGAGGUGACCACGUUUUUUGCAGCUGGGCUGAGUGGCCUGGAUGCAUUCCCUUCUUUCCAGUGGCUGGUGUGUGAAGUGAGAUUGAUCGUGCUAGAUGUGCAUCUGCUUUUUCACUGUAUUCAGGAGCCCUGCCAAGAUGUGCACCUAGCUUGUGCAAAAAGGUAUUAUACCUAUAUUCCUGAUGCCUCAUGUAAUUUGAAAUUUCUUGAUGGCAGCCAGUAGGAUAAUUACUUUCACUAGAAAGAUGUUCCAAAGAUUGUCAUCCUGCUUUGUUUUGCUUUCUUGUUCGUGCAUUAUUUUUGUACUUAUAGACAUGUUUUAUGUGUGCAGGCUUUUAUACCGCUAUUUGUAGAAAAAGCAUGGGUUAUUUGGCUCAAAAAGGUGUGUGGGCCUUUUUUUGUACAUUUGAUAAUUGUGUGGUGUUUGCAGUGUAUGUUCGUGCUUUAUAAGAACAGACUGCAGGAUUGUACUCUGCAAGUUGUGUAACCAUUUGUACAGUUUCUUAUUGUCAGCUUUUUAUACUUAAAUGUGUGAUAAACUGAAGUAUUGUGCGUGAUGGUUUGAUAAAGACGUACCACGUGAA